UCAAAGUUCAAACAUUUAGAUUUUACGGUUUAGCUGUUUGUUUAAAGAAAAAAAGAAAAAAAGAGAGAACAGCAACUUGUGCAGAAAAAGUAGUGAGAGUUGGAAUUGUUUGGCAUCAGCAUUGAAAUGUUCAGAAAAAGUCCAAUUAGGUUCACCUGUAAAAGUGAGUGCUUGCAUUUUAGCUUCAUCCUAAAAAGUCACUCCAAAGCGAAAUAGCCCUCACUUUUGGGAGUACUGUAUGUGGAUUGAAAAGAUAAUGUUUCCAAAAAAAAUGAGAUCUGAUAGUUUGCAAAUGACUGAUCCACUUGUUACAACGGCGAACAAAGUUAACGUGUUGCCAUUUCCGCCACUUGAAUGAGCUUCUAUUUUUAUUUCUCAACAUUUCACUCAUCAUUGUUUGGGUUUUGUUUGCGUGUCUGGUGCCUUGACUACUUUAUUGUAUGACUUGAAACAUGAAUAAAUGAAUAAAUAAACCAUGUCUUUCGUCCCCGUCCCCCCCCAAAAACAAAAAAAACAAAAGUUGUUGAAGUACAUAAGACUAAUGAUGUGAGCUUUCAGUGUCUAUUUUUAAACUGGUUCCACUUCCUCCAUCUGAAUUCCUGCCAGGUUGGAAUGCGGUCCUGCGGCUCCCGAAGGCAACGCUGCGCCUUUUCAGUUUCCUCAAUUCCACUCUGGCGUUUUCUGUGCGUGUGUUUACUUCUUUGCGUGCCAGAUCACACACACCCACUUUGCGGGAGGAGCCUGCGUCCUUUAAAAGCGGCGUCGGUGCGGCGCUCGAUGCGAGGCGCGGGUCGGGUGACUGCGGGCGUUCAAGAUGGGCAACUGGAUUAUUAACAACGGCGUUACGAGCGUCACGCUGGUGGUGUGGCUGGGCAUCAACCUCUUCCUCUUCGUCUGGUUCUAUCUCUUCUACGACUUGGGGGAUCAGUUCUUCUACACGCGCCAUCUCCUUGGGUCGGCUCUGGCCUGGGCGAGGGCCCCCGCCGCCGUGCUGAACUUCAACUGUCUGCUGAUCCUCCUCCCCGUGUGCCGCAACCUGCUGUCACUCGUCCGCGGCUCCCUCGUGUGUUGCAGUCGUAGUUUGAGGAAGCAGCUGGACAAAAAUAUCGACUUCCAUAAGCUGGUGGCCUACACGAUUGCCCUAAUGACAGCCGUGCACGUCAUCGCCCAUCUCCUGAACGUGGAGUGGUACAACAACAGCAGACAAGGCGACUACGACGAGCUCAGCACGGCGCUGUCCGACCUGGAGGACGCGGACAACACCACCUACCUCAACCCCAUUCGCAUCACGAGCCUUGAUCCGCAGCAAAUUCCCACUUACUUGGUGUUCACCACCAUCGCCGGCGUCACGGGGGUCAUCAUCACGCUGGCGCUCAUCCUCAUCAUCACGUCGUCCAUGGAGGUCAUCCGCCGCAGCUACUUCGAGGUCUUCUGGUACACGCACCACCUCUUCAUCAUCUUCUUCGCCGGCCUCGUCUUUCACGGCGCCGGGCGCAUCGUGAGGAGUCAGAGCAACGAGCGGCUGCACAACUUCACCGUCUGCAAGGACCGCAUCGCCGAGUGGGGGCGCAUUCCGCAGUGCCCCGUGCCGCAGUUUGCGGGUGGCUUUCCGCAGACUUGGAUGUGGGUGAUCGGCCCGAUGAUCAUCUACCUGUGCGAGCGGCUGCUGCGGUUAGUCCGCUACUUGCAGCACGUCCGAUACCGAAAGAUCGUGAUGCAUCCGUCCAAGGUGCUGGAGUUGCAGCUGGUCAAGAGCGGCUUCAAGAUGGAGGUGGGCCAGUACGUGUUCCUCAACUGCCCGGCCAUCUCGCAGCUGGAGUGGCACCCGUUCACCAUGACCUCGGCCCCCGAGGAGGACUUCUUCAGCGUGCACAUCCGCUCGGCAGGAGACUGGACCGAAAAACUCAUCAGCAUCAUGCAGCAGCUGCCCGAGGGAGCGCAGGGGCCCAAAAUGGGCGUGGACGGGCCCUUCGGCACGGCCAGCGAGGACGUGUUCGACUACGACGUGGCCAUGCUGGUGGGCGCGGGAAUCGGCGUCACCCCCUUCGCCUCCAUCCUCAAGUCCAUCUGGUACAAAUUCAAGCAGUCCAACCCCAUUCUGCACACCCGGAAGAUCUACUUCUACUGGCUGUGCCGAGAGACCAACGCCUUCGAGUGGUUCGCCGACCUUUUGCAGGUCCAAGAGAGGGAGAUGGAGGAGAGGGGCAUCGGGGACUUCCUUACCUACAAGCUCUUUCUGACCGGAUGGGACCAGAGCCACGCCAAUCACGCCAUGGUGCACUUUGACCAGGAGACCGACGUGGUCACUGGUCUCAAACAGAAAACUCACUAUGGAAGACCCAACUGGGACAAGGAGUUUGAGCAAGUCCGCAAAGAGAACCCCACCGCUGUUGUGGGGACGUUCUUGUGUGGCCCGGUGGUUUUGGCCAAGGUCUUGGCAAAGAAGUGUGCCAAAUACUCGGACGUGGACCCGCGCAAGACAAAGUUCUACUUCAACAAGGAGAACUUCUGAGCUGGGGAAGAACAGCAGCAGCAGUUUCCUUUGGCAAGACCUGUUGGGGAAUGUUCCUCAGCGCUAUUUAAGAAAAAGACACGCUUAAAAAAAACGUUUGACCACAAUGCGGGGCGUGUUGUUCCACUGGUGCGCAUUCUACCUUUUCUACUUUUGGUUUAGUUAACACCACAAACAUACUUAAAGUCACUCGAGCAGGGUCUUCUAAACAACUCAAAAGCCCUGAAAUUGUAGCUUACAAGAAAAGUCGCAAUUUUACACUUACCUAUUACUUAAUAAUAACAAGAUGAAAUCACACAAUAGUGAGAACAAAAGUGUCGGAAUUGAAAAAUAUAAUUACAUUGCCACAAAAAAAGCUGAUUUCCCAGAUAAACGGUUGUAGUACGACAAGAAAAAAGUAUUCAUUUUAAAGGAAUGAAGUUACAUUACAAACAAAUUUUUUUAAAGGAAUAAAUGGACAAGACUGAGGCAAAACAAGUUAUAUUUUAAACCAGUGGCAAUAUUGUGAGAAAAGUCAGAUUAAAAGAAUUUUUUUAAAUGUAAGAAACAUUACAUAAAGUUCGUUUAAAAGUAUAGUCACAAUAUUAAAAAAAAAAAAAGUCAUUAAUGUAAAAAGUUGUUUUUAAAAUUACAGUAAAAAAAUACCUUGGAAUUUAAAACAGUCUUAUUAUUACAAGAAUAAGUGAAUUUUAAAAGAAUGUUAUAAGAAAAGACACAAUAUGAGGAGAAAAAUAGUAAUUUUAAAAGAAUUCACAUUCUGAAAAUAAAAUAGUUGCGGUUUCAAAAGAAUAGUCACAUUAUUACAAGAAAAAUAUUAGCAAAUUUUAGUCCCAUUCUACAAAUGUAUCCGACCACCACUCGAAAAGCCCGUUUGCUGUGCUUUGACGAUCAAUAAAAUCCAAUUUCCCGUGGCUUUGGGAAGCCCUCCGCGCGUUCACACCAAAUGCUGCAGUCCAGUUUACAUUUUGUAAUGUACAUACUUAUUUUGCAUGAAAGUAGUUACCUCCGUAUCGUUUGCAAAUGUCCUGCUUUCGCGUUUGUCAUGUGAUCAAGGCCAUUAAAUAAAUAAACAUGCACUUUCUUUUGUAAAUACGAGAAUUUAUUGCUAAAGAGCUAUGAACGAACGAUCACGCCCUCACAGUUACUGCUAAACUAAACCGAUGAGUCACCGCUGCUUGCUGCAAAAGUAUCCGACUCCAAAGUGAGGAGGAGGAGGAGGAGGAAGGGGAAAAGUCGAGCGGCGUGUGAUUAACCGUCCACUCGGGCCAAUGGCAGUCGUGUUGAAACUCCUUUUAAAUGAAGAAUUAGAUUUGCAUUACUGUUCUCUUGACACUGAAAGAAAUAAAAUGCUCAAGUUUUUUGUAACUUUUUUUUUUUUUUUUAAUUAUUGAUGAGAGAUGGGGACAAAUAAAAGGAUGAUGUGGUGA